AUGUCUUCUCCAGAGUACAGCGAUCAUUUUUCGAUCACCAACAUCCCGUUUGGUGUGGCAUCUUCUGAGAGCCAUCCGAAUCCACAAUGCGUGACUCGAUUGGGAAACAAGGUUAUUUUUCUUGUCGACAUACAACGAUCGGGAGUCUUCUCCAACAUCACAGGCCUAUUGGAAGGAAUAUUUGACAGCCCGACCCUGAAUAAGUACGCGGCUCUUCCCAGACCCAUUCAACGGGAGGUGAGAAGGGUGCUCCAAGAGACAUUGAAAAAGGCCCUACCGAUGGGUCUCGCCGAGGAUAUUGGCGCUGUCACUUUACAUCUGCCCAUUGCAGUUGGUGGGUUCACAGAUUUCUCAUGUAGUGUACACCACGUUCGCAAUGCAGGCCGAAUCAUUAUCAAUGAUGAAUCGGUCCCUCCGGGGUUUUUCAGUUUCCCAAUCGGAUACAACGGCCGUGCUAGCACCGUCUGUGUCUCGGGGACGCCAAUAGUUCGACCGAAAGGUCACUUCUUUGAUCGCUCGGCGCCGUCGGAGAAAAAGCCCAUUAUUUACGGUCCCUCGGAGGCCAUGGACUAUGAGCUAGAAGUGGGCGUGAUUAUCGGAAAUGGUGUGCCCAAGUUGCAGGGUUUGGAUGCGCGUGACGCAAAUGACCAUAUAUUCGGAAUGGUCCUUCUGAACGACUGGAGUGCUCGUGAUAUUCAGGGUUGCGAAAUGAUGCCGUUAGGACCUUUGAAUGGCAAGUCCUUCGGAACUAGCAUCUCUCCCUGGGUGAUCACCUUGGAUGCUUUAGAGCCCUUUGCCACCCCUGGUCCAAACCCUGAGGUUGCAUUAGCAAGCCAUCUUGAAGACGAUGUCAAUAAGUCAAGCUAUGAAAUAAACUUCAAGGUCGAAAUUAUUUCUGGGCAGCAUGUGACGACCGUGAGUGAAUCAAAAUAUACGGACUUGCACUGGAAUGGACCUCAAAUGGCGGCACAUUUGGCUAGCACCGGGGCAGACCUUCGCACGGGUGACAUUUUGGGCACAGGCACAGUGAGUGGUCCAAACGAGGGCAGUUUUGGCUGUUUGCUGGAGACCACAAAGGCUGGGAAAGAGCCUAUAACCUUGACUGAUGGCUCGGAGAGAAAGCUCUUGUUGGAUGGUGAUAUAGUCCGAAUGACCGGCGUGGUCGGUGGUGUGAACUCCGGUGUUGGAUUUGGCGAGUGUGUUGGCCAGCUCGUGGCGGCAGUGGAUGUAUGA